AUGUCUUCCGACAUCACAGACGACUACGUCGCCCAUAUCCUGAAACGCGAUGCUGAGCGGAAAGACACCAACCGCUUCGUCGCAAAUGGCCUAGGAUCUCUCUUGAACAAUACUAGACCUAGGAAUCGCGAUGCGCCAAAGCCGAACACCAGGUUCUUGAAGCAUAUUGUGAAGGAGGCCGACAGUAAUAAUGCUGCGCUGCUAAAGAGGGAGGCGGAGGAGAGCAGGGCAAGGCUGCGAAGGCUCAAGAAGGACUCGAGGGCAGAAUCGAAGGAUAGGCGGAGAUCAAGAUCGCCUAAAAGAGAAAGGCGCAAAGAUGAUGGCAGGAGGGAGAGGGAGGUCUAUUCGGCCAGGAAGGUACAUGAGCGGAGGACCCAAGGUACAUCUCGAAUUGAAGACGAACGAAAGGAUUCAAAGCGCAGGCACGAGUCGUCAAGAAGAGAUGGUCACAAGGGUUCCAGGAAAGACCGGGGGUCGCCACUAGCCCAGCAUCGUCGAGAAAUAGAUGAAGGCCAAGGAGGAAGCUCUGAUUCGGACCCCUUAGACGACGUGAUCGGACCAAAGCCAUCGUCCAAGCCAGCGGCCAGAGGACGUGGCGCCCACAAAGACUCCAAUAUGGACUCUCGCUUCGACUCAAAGUACGACCCAAAAGAAGACGUUGCGCUAGACGACCAUGUGGACGACGAUGACUGGGAUAUGGCGCUGGAAGCGAUGCGAGAUCGUGCAAAGUGGAAGAAGUCUGGCGCAGAGAGACUGCGGGCUGCUGGCUUCACGGAAGACGAGGUGGACAAGUGGGAGAAGAGCGGGAAGAAGGGGCGGGGCGGAGACGAUGUGGAUAUCGAAAGUGUGCGAUGGCAGAAGAAGGGCGAGGGCAGAGAGUGGGAUCGAGGCAAAGUUGUGGAGGGAGAGCACGUUGAACUCAGGCCGGAAUGGGGGAGACUGAAGGAUACUUGA